GGGACAUCUCAUGACACACAAAGGAGAGCGCGCUUUCUAAAACUCACUGUUUAUGAGCUUGCUGUUUAUUUUAGUAAUAUACAAUUUGCGGUAUGUCGACUUAUUAAUAUAGUCUUAUAAUUGAUGCAGUCCGUUUAUUUAUUUGUAUUUAUUUUGCAACGUAAAAGAGGUGGCCUACGAAAUGGAGUUAUCAGCAGAUGUGGAGAAACUAUCAGACUCUAACCAAACUCAAGAUGAUCUCCUUGAGAUGAAUCAGUUUGACGGACUUCCUUUCUCCUCAAGAUAUUAUAAACUAUUGCAAGAAAGAAAAGAUUUACCGGUGUGGGGAGCAAAAUGUGAGUUUAUGGACAGUCUGAUCAACAAUCAGAUUGUGAUAGUUACUGGAACAGCCAAAACAGGACAAAGCACACAGAUCCCUCAAUGGUGUGCAGAGUUCUGCUUAUCUGUGCAGUAUCAGAAUGGGACGGUAGUGUGCACUCAGAUUCACCAUCAGAGCACAGUGGAAUUGGCCCUGCGUGUGGCUGAUGAGAUGGAUGUUAACAUUGGUCAUGAAGUUGGAUAUAGCAUCCCACAUCAGACAUGCAGCUCUGCUGACACCGUACUGAGAUACUACACAGAUGAAGUCUUGCUCCGUGAAAUGAUGUCGGACCCUCUCUUGGAGCAGUACGGUGUCUUGGUCAUUGAUCAGGCCCAGGACCGGACCAUCAGCACAGAUCUGCUCCUCGGACUGCUCAAAGACGUGCUCCUCGCACGACCAGAGCUCCGACUGGUCAUUCUCACCGCCCCUCACUCCACAGACAAACUGCUGCGGCACUAUGGAGGCGUUCCACGGAUCAGUCUGGAGGGUCCGCAGCUGUGCGAGGUGGUGUAUGGUAGUGGGAGAGGAGGUGUGAAGGAUUAUCUCUGCUCUGCUCUUAGACUGGCUCUGGAAAUCCAUCAGAAUGAAGACGAUGGAGACAUUGUGACUUUUCUGGCAACCGAGCAAGAGAUUGAAUGCGCUCAUGCCAUUUUACGAAGGGAGGGUGCAAACCUGGCAUUCUCUCAUGGUGAGAUGAUGCCUGUUUCUCUCAACCCUGAGCAAGGACACGGUUUCUUGGAUCUUUCUGAAGAGAGAAAGUGCAGGAGAGUCUUCCUUACCUGCAGCCCCAGUGCAUACUUGUUCUGGGCCAUUCGGAGCAUUCGCUUUGUUAUUGAUGCUGGAGUACAAAAAAGAUAUGUGUACAACCCUAGAAUCAGAGCCAACUCCAUUGUCAUUCGACCAAUCAGCAGGAGCCAAGCAGAGAGUCGCAAACAACUUGCUGGCCCAAAAGGCAAGUGUUUCUGCUUAUAUCAAGAGGAUGCUUCACUUCCUGUUGAGACAGUCCCUCACAUUCUCGAGUCUGAUAUAACUGCUACUGUGCUCUUCUUAAAACGAAUGGAAAUUGCUGGACUGAGCCACUGUGACUUCAUUGACAGACCAGAUCCAGAAGGCCUGAUGCAAGCUCUAGAGGAGCUCGACUACCUUGCUGCUUUGGAUGACGAUGGAAAUCUGUCUGAGAUUGGAAUUAUAAUGUCCGAGUUUCCUCUUGAGCCUCAGAUGGCCAAGACUUUGCUUGCGUCCUGUGAGUUUGACUGUGUCAGUGAAGUGUUGACCAUUGCUGCCAUGCUUACAGCUCCAAGCUGUUACCUUAUUCCUGCAGUGGAGCUGAGACAGAAAGCUUUACAGUGCCAUCAGAUGUUUCGGCAUGAUGAGGGAGACCACUUCACCCUCAUAAACAUCUAUAAUUCCUACAGUUUUGCGAAAGAAGGACCAUACUCUAACGUGGAACGCUGGUGUGAAGAGCAUUUCCUGAGCCUCGCUGCUCUUCAGACAGCAGACGUGAUACGCUCCGAGCUGACAGAUAUUCUAAAACGAAUAGAGCUGCCUGUGUCCUUACCAGCUUUUGGCUCUAAAAGCAACUGUAUGAACAUUAAACGUGCCCUGCUAGCUGGAUUCUUCAUGCAGGUGGCCAGGGACAUCGACGGGUCAGGGAAUUACUUCAUGCUUACCCAUAAGCAUGUGGCUCAGAUCCACCCACUGUCUGGCUAUGGAAAUGAGAUGUACAAGAAGGAUCUUCCAGAAUGGGUUCUGUACCAUGAGCAUACACUAGAAAACAACUGUAUAAGAACUGUCUCCCAGAUAUCAGCACACGAGUUUAUUCAGAUGGCCCCACAAUAUUUUUUCUACAACCUGCCACCUAGUGAGAGUAAAGACCUACUGCAGCACAUUAUGGAUCAUGGCUCAGCUGCCCCAUCUAAAGGAAAAAGAAAACCCAAGACCCCCAGCAGCGCUGAUAGUGAGGAGCAGGUCCAUGAGCGCUGUACCAUACAGUGACAGUGAACACAGUAUGGAUUGUCAUUGUGUUACCAUGGCAACAACAAAAAAAGUUUACACUGCUGAUCAGUUAAACAGUAACAACAUAUUUUAUAAGGCAUAACAAGGAAUAGCUUGAUAAUUUAGUUUGAAUAAUUAAUCAUUAAUAGACAAACAGGGAUAAUGAUGGUGUACGCAGGGUAUUUUGCUUAAAUUUACAGAUCUACGUAGAUGAAUCUUUGUACAAUCUCUGCUGAAUAAAUUAUUUCAAUAACCUACUGCUGUGCAGUAGGCUAGUUAAUAAGUAAGCUAUCAUUGAGUUUAUGGUGUCUAAGCUGUCUUUGAUGAACUGUAGCUACUAGUUAGCCGUUUAAGUAAUGUAUUAAAAAUUCCAUCAGUGAUGGUGCCCUAGUAACAAUAAACAACAUUUAGCUUUUUGCUUUGCUUGUGAUGGUCAGUUUAUGAAAAAUGCAAAGAAUUAGUGUAUUUUGUGUAUUAAUGGUAUACGUAUUUAUUUGUAAUGUAUUUUCUGCUUUUUUCUUUUGUUUAAAUAUUUUUUACUAUUGUGGAGUUGAAUUGAUGCUUAUAGAAUGAUGAUAAUAGUGUUUGAAAUUGUUUUUAAAGAG